AUGGAUGAUAUUGUUGAGAAUGGGGGUGAACGAAGGUCAGCCACUGAACCAUCUACUCCUUUGAGGAAUAUCGUUACGACUGAUAGCCAGUCUGGAAAUUAUACCAACCCAACUCAUUCAACUAGCAUACACUUACCUCCCAAUGAAUUGACAGAAGUAACGAAGAGAUUAAGUCAACAGUUUAGAUCAUCCAUAAUCAGACCUAGAUCUAGAACAAGAGUGCGACAAUCCACUCCUGGAAGAGAUAAACAAUUAACACCCACCAGAAGUAAUGGUAACAGAAGAGCCAGUGAAGUAAUUAGAAGAAGAAGAUCAUCUAUGAUUACCGAUAAAGGUGAAGUAGUGUACGGUUCUGAAUAUGCUGGUCCUAUAACUAUAGAUUACUUAAGGUUCUUCUGUAAGGUGGUCAUAAAACAACAAGAACAUGAUAUCCAUGAGAAAGAAUCAAAUGUGGAAGAGGAUCAUUUCCUGCCUCAGGUUCCAAAAUAUUCACCUCCCAAGAACAAUUCGUUUGAACUGCCAUUUAUAGAUGCAGACUCGACCCCAAAACCUACGACUGACUUUGAUCAAUCAUUACCAUUACCAUCAUCUACUGAAAAGGUACUUAAAUCCCCAUUUCAAAUUUUAUCUAACUUAGAUGACUCUGGAAAUUUUACUCCCACCAACACAAGAAGGAAAAGUUCCAAUCUAAGUUACUCUACUGAUAAAGAAAAUGGAGAGGUUGCUAGUAAACCAUUAUCAUACUUGGAGAAAAUCCUUUUAUCCAAGAGAUUGAAAAGAAAGUCUGAUACUAUCAAACCUAUUGAAAAUUCAGUUUUACAACCACACGAACAAGAAAUUUACUCCCCAGUUAAAAGUGAAUUCAUCAUACACUCAGAUAGAGAGAACAAAGAAGUAUCCCCAUCUGUAUUGGACGACCAUCAUCAUUUACCAAUCUCUGCUAUGGAUGCCCAAUCUGAGGAGAUGGACUUUCAUAUUGCUUACGAUGUAUUAGAGAACCAGGUUCAAGAUUUUAAUGACGAUAUAGAUGACCAUGAUAUAGAGAGAGAUCAUAUACCUGGCCUUACACAUACAAAUGACGUACCUGAGUCACCAGUUCAAGUUCAUGAUCAAGUACAAUUACCUAUUAGUCCAAUGGUUACUCCUCAAAAUGCCGGUGUCGAUUUCAAUAAUGGGUUCUAUCCUGAAGCAAUAAUCCAAGAAGAAUUCACUAUGCAAGAUGAGCCUGGUAAUUAUUCAGAUUUAUUAGAGAGAGAUGCUUCAAUUGAAGCAGAUGGAGGAUCUUCUGAAGUAGAUGCCGUCGAGGGCGACAAGCUCAUAAAGAUUCCCACUAUUAGAAGUUCCACCGUUAGAAGUUCAAAAUCUUUAUUACCUUUACUGUCAGUAAAGAAUUUGGUGAAGUCGAUCCGAAUCCAUGCCUCUAGAGAUGACCACACAAACCGUAUAACAAAGAAGCAAAAGGUUUUGAAAACAAUCCCUCAAGAUGUCUAUCAAAAUAUCCAAGCAAAAUCAGAUCAAUUUUUGAAAUCCCUUCUACUGGAUUUGGAGGCAUAUUCUCAUCAUAGAUCGAAUGGGAAGUCAUCACAGAUAAACAUGAAGGAUAUCCUGUUAUACCUAAAUAGAAUCAAGUUUGCUGGAAAAACUGGUUCAAGGGAUUCAGAGAUCAACAAAAUAUCGGUACUUGCUCAAAACUUUCUUCCACUUGAAUUAUUAUUACAACUUAAUAACAGCUUAAAUGGUCAAUUAGAAAGAACUUCAAAUGACGACGAUGAAGAUGAAGAUAUGUAUGAUGACAAUCUGUAUGAUGACAGUGUCUGA